GCGGGGCUCAUUGGCCCCGCCUCCCGGCGGAGGCGGAGCGGGGGAAGAUGGCGGCGGAGCCGGGCCGGGAGCAGGACCCGGACCGGGAGCUGGAGGAGCUGCUGGAGAGCGCCCUCGAUGACUUCGAGAAGGCCAGGCCCGCCGCCCCCCCGCCGCCGCCGCCGCCCGCCCCGGGAACCCCCAGCGCCGCCUCCAAGGAGUCGCUGUUCGCCUCGCAGGAGAAGUUCUUCCAGGAGCUGUUUGAGGGCGAGCUGGCCUCGCAGGCCACGGCCGAGUUCGAGAAGGCCAUGAGGGAGCUGGCCGAGGAGGAGCCGCACCUGGUCGAGCAGUUCCAGAAGCUCUCGGAGGCGGCGGGGCGAGUGGGCGGCGACGCGGCGUCGCAGCAGGAAUUCACCUCGUGCCUGAAGGAGACGCUCAGCGGGCUGGCCAAAAACGCCACCGACCUGCAGGGCUCGGCGGCCUCGGACGAGGAGCUGGCGAAGGCGAUCGAGGGGCUGGGGCUGGAGGAGGGCGGCGGGGAGGGCGGCGUGCUGCCCGUCAUGCAGAGCCUGCUGCAGCACCUGCUCUCCAAGGAGGUGCUGUACCCCUCGCUCAAGGAGAUCACCGAGAAGUACCCCGAGUGGCUGCAGCGGCACCGGGCGGCGCUGCCGGCGGCGCAGUACGAGCGGUACCGGGCGCAGCACGGCGUCAUGGGGCGCAUCUGCCGGCACCUGGAGGCCGAGGGGGCCGAGGACGGCGCCGGGGCCAGGCGGGAGCGCUUCGAGGCCGUGCUGGAGCUCAUGCAGCAGCUGCAGGAGCUGGGCCACCCCCCCAAGGAGCUGGCCGGGGACGUGCCCCCCGGCCUCAACCUGGACCUGGAGGGGCUGAGCCUGCCCGAGGGCAGCGGCGAGCAGUGCCGGGUGAUGUGACGGGGGGGCCGGGGGGCCGGGGACACUGGGACGUCCCCCCCGUAUGGGGACAUCCCCUCCCGGCCAGCCCCCGCUCGUUAGCCUGUAAUUAACGCCCUGAUGAGGAUGGAGGACGAGGACGAGGCCUCGUGGGACGCGGCGCGGCGCUGGACCUGCGGUGUCCCCGUGGGACGGGGACGGGAUGGGGGUGGCCGUCCCCGUGGGGGCGCCUGGCCCUGGGGACGCUCGUGUCACCCCCCCCCCAGCCGUGUGGGGGCGCCCCCCAAGUGGCCGGGGCGGCCCCAAUAAAGGUGUUGGCAACCGCGGCA